UCCCAUCUCUUUCUGCUCUUCAGAGAUGUUCUCAAGCGGCGCCGCCGGCGACGAUGCUCCACAAGAGAUAAUUAACGACGAAAAAUUCUUCUCGCGGCUUCUCUCAAAAGAAAUCUCCGCGUCCGCUAACCCAUCCUUUCGUGUCUACUACGGCGUCGCUCCCGGCGCCGUUCCCUUCCUCUGGGAAUCGCAGCCCGGCACGCCUAAGCACACUAUGACCACAACCACCGUCCCGCCUCUCACUCCUCCCCCGUCCUUCUACUUCAACCCAUCCAAGAACUCCAAUAAUAAGCCUUUUCCUAAACCUCCCAAGCGCAAACUCAUCCACGCCAUCCUUCCCAGACCGGCGCUCCGCAAGCUACGUGGCGCGCAGACUUCGCCGUCGGUUUCUUCCUCGUCGGGCCGCUCGUCGGACGAAGAGGAGAAUGACGAGGCCCGGAUAUCGCCGACUUCAACGAUGUGCUUUGGCGAGAGGCUGGCUUUGAAGAAGGUGCUGUUGUAUAUUGUCGGGCAUGGGUCGGGCCAUGGUGCUUCGGCUUAGUUCCGUCGGAGG